AGCUGGUUGUGUCACAGACGCAAACAAAGGAAAUGAAUGUGAGGAGCACUCCUGUUUACGGUGAACUCACACCUGAGAAAUCCUGCCAGAGUCUAUGGGCAACUGUUAUAUUCUGAAGGAAAAGGGAAUAUACAUAACCGUCUCAAAAUAACCUCAGUUCAUUCGUUUUAAGGAUUUCCCAACACUUUGGGGCAUCUGGCUGGCCUAUCAGAAUCAUGAGAAAACUGAUGCCCACCCUGAAGAUGACCUUGUUUGUGCUCCUGGGAAUUAGUUUCAUCUGGUGUCUCAGUUUUCCCUGUUUCAUCCUGUUUCAGAGCAAAGUUAACCAGAGGGCCCUCAGUGAAUGUGAUCUGAACAUACCGAGGCAGGAUAAAGUCUCUCCACCUCCUCCUUUGAAGGACUACAAAGACGAAUUUGUUGCACUCCAGAUUAAAAUGGAGGCUGAGAAAGAAAAAGGACGAAUGAGAGAAGACAUGAUCAAAGAGCUGCGUUCUCACAAACUUCUUCUGCAGCAAUACGUGGACAAACUGGAAGAACUCCUAAAGCUGCAGGCGCAGAAGCAGGAGCAUAAAGUUCAACUAGUCAAAUCUGAUGAGCUGUUAAAAGAGGAUGACAAUUGUCCACUUCCACCAAUGGAUGGAUAUCCAGACUGCAAGGACAAAUUAAUGUGGAUGAAGGACAUGUGGAAAGAUGACCCUUGUUACGCCAGUCAUGGGGUUAAUGGGACCCUUUGCUCCAUCUUUAUCUACCUCAGUGAGACAGAGUCGUGGUGUCCUCUACUCCCAGGUCGAGUGAAACAUGUCGCUCCGUUGGAAACCCCUGAGAUUGGCUCAGGACAUGCAGAGAUACGGGACAGUCUUUCUGGUCUAUAUCCGGCUCUGGAAAACAGAGCCCAGUACCAAUGGAUUUACCAAAGAAUUCGCAGUAUGGACGAGAUUUGGGUUGAGGCUGGACGCUCUCUUUCAGCCAAAUACAACGUGACAGGGCGGAAAGCUAAACAGAUCCUGCUGCAUCCCGGUGUGGUGACAGAUGAAUCUCAUCUUAAAAUAACCGAAACCGCUUUCAGCGGGGGCCCCCUUGGAGAACUGGUCCAGUGGAGUGACCUCAUUUCCACCCUUCACAUCCUGGGCCACCACCUUCACCUGUCUGCCUCUCUAUCUGACCUCAGAGAGUUUUUGAGGGUAAAAAGCAACUGCCCAGCUCGUCGUUCAAAGAUUGAAGCAGACUUGAUCUAUACAGACAUUAUCGGCUUUCAACAGAUAAAGAAAGCACUACAGGGUUCCUGGAUUCAAUACAAGUGUAUGUUCCGUGUGUUGGACUCUUUUGGCACUGAGCCAGACUUCAAUCAUGCAGCUUGGGCCCAAAAGCAAAACCUUAAGAGUCCUUUUGGCCUCCUCAGUCUGAUCCCAAUGCAGUUCUACACCAUGUUCCCCCACACACCAGACAACACAUUCCUGGGCUUUGUGGUGCAGCACCAGCUGAGUGAUAAUGAAGCUGAGCAGCUCAAGUCUAACAAAAGACAAAACCAGGCACUCGUGUACGGGAAGAGUGCUACAUUUUGGGAGGGGAAAGAGGCCUAUCUAGAUGUCAUCCACAAAUACAUGGAGAUCCAUGCAACGGUUGACAACGGCACUUGGAUUCCGAGCUACGUAAGGAACCACGGUAUUAUCAAAGGCAUCGAGGUUCAGACCCUGUUGAGACAGAGCAAGGUUUUUGUUGGACUGUCUUUCCCAUACGAAGGCCCCGCCGCAUUGGAGGCCUUAGCCAAUGGCUGUGCUUUCCUGAACCCCAGGUUAAACCCUCCACAGAGCAGCCUGAACUCCCAGUUCUUCAAGGGAAAGCCCAACAUCAGAGAGUUGACAUCCCAACAUCCUUAUGCCGAGGCCAUAGGAGAGCCCUAUGUGUGGUUGGUGGACAUGCACAACUCCACAGAUGUGGAAAGAGCUCUCACUGCCAUCCUCAAUCAGACUAUUGAGCCUUACCUUCCAUAUGAGUUUACCUGUGAAGGGAUGCUCCAGAGGGUCAACAUCCUGAUUGAAAAACAGGAUUUCUGCCACGGUCCAGGGAGCUGGCCUCCACUCAGUGCGCUCAAGAUUGUGGAAGCAAAGUUUGGCACUUCAUGUAAACAGGCUUGUCAGGAUGCAGGGCUCAUCUGUGAACCUGCAUUUUUCCCUCACAUCAACAAUGCCAAGAGCCUUUCCAACUACAGCGCCGAUUGUCAAGAAUCGGAGCAGUCUGACAGAAGUUUGGUGUUUCCAGCCUACUCAAACACUGCCAGCGGCAAACACUGUGUGUUCCAGUCUGAUCCCCUGCUCUUCAGCUGUGUGAGAUCACACAAGUCUUUGAUCCGUAUCUGCCCCUGUAGAGACUACAUCAAGGAUCAGAUAGCCUUAUGCAGGGCUUGUGUCUAACGGCUGGAUGGAAAACAAUAAACUCUCUAUGCACCUUGGAACCAAUCAAGGAUCAAAGGAAAGGAUUCACUUGUAUAUGGACCAUCCAAGAAGCUGACAGCAGGAAGUCUCAAGGCUUGAUUCUUGGCCUUUUUUUUUGUGAUGAGAUUGAGAUCACAAUUAUUUAUGUGGCUUUUGUCUGAGCGUCCAGACUCAGUAGUGGAUCAUUCCAAGUGCAUCUUGAAUAUAGCCAAGAGCGUGAAAGAGACUUGAAAUGUUAACACCGACAUCACAUGUUGCCUGGGAGGCAAGACCAGUUUCUUUUAGAAAGGCCGAUAGUUCUACAGACAAUUGCACAUUGUGUCCAAAAGUAUUUGACUGAAGACAAAGAGUGACUUUUUUCCCCAAAUCAAGGUUAAACACCAGUCAUGUUUGGUGUAUACGAGUUGAUGGGCAAAGGUGAUACAAUGUGGGUGAACUCCAGUGAAGCCUCUGAUCUAGACAUAAGAGUUAAGCCAGUUGGUGUUCAUUGGUUACUGAAAAAUCCUGGGUGUUUCACUGUCCUUGAAAAGCAAUAGACAAAGACACUGUGAUGACCUUGACGGGCACUCAAUAUGCAUUGUCUUGAUGUAACAGGACAAAUUUAAGCUUGAGAUGAUGAUCAUGCAAAGAUCUGAAAUUGAAUCCGAGCAGGUGGGAGAACAUGUGGAAAUGAGAAAUGCUUUUUUUUUUUUUUUAAAGUAUUGGUCUUUACUAGUCCCUUCAAAGAGCAUUCGUGCACUGAUAUGCAAAUUUCAUUCUAAACACAGUCUUCUGUACACAUGAUUGUUACCAAAGUAAUUCCUGCACAAUUUUCCUAUAAGGGAGAAGGCGCCAGAUUAUACUGUGUAUAUAAACAUGUGAAGCGUCAUUUACAAAGGAAUGGCUAAUUCAAAACCAUUACCUUGUGCGGUUGCUGUGAUUCAAAGCUUUUUCAUUCAUGUUAAGACACAAAUCAUCCAGACUUUUCAGGUGAAAACUGCUCGGCUUCAUCCGACAUGAACAUUUUGUUUUCCAGUGAAUCCUCCACAUGAAGGUUAUUGAUGUGUAUUCUUGAUGAUGAUUGGCUAUAAGGAAUGUUCUUAAUGGACACACUUCUUGCGGUACAUGAACACUUCUUUGCCUGCCAAUAAGAUGAGUGAAUUGAUACCACUCUUUUGGCUCUGUCUGUCAUGUAUCUACUGCCAGUAUCUGAGCACAAUGAAUGUGAACAAGGGAAACGGCUAGCAUGGUUUGUCCAAAGGACGUCAAAUCUACCAAUCAGAAAUGUUAGAGUCUCUCAUACAAUCACAUUUUCUAUCCAGAGAGAUGUGUUAAGUUGCCAUUUCUGGAUUUCAUGAGAACGUAUGUGCUUAAUUAUUACUUGGCUGGAGGUAGUAUUGCCACCACCAUGUUGCUGGCAACACACAGUUUACAGUUUUCUUUUUAAGCUAAGCUUACUAAGGCCAGAGGUCGUGUGCAAAUAACAUACACUUCUUUUAGAUACUGUGCUUCGUAUUCGUAUUUUUUUUCCACUUCUUCCCAAAUUGUGUUUUGCUUUUACCAAGUUCCAUCUUAGGAGCUUGUAUUGAUGAGAUUGCUGCUAAAAAGACAUUGUUUUUUGUCCACAGAUGAGUAUGGAAGAUAUCUUUGUCCUGGUUCUAUGUAUUACCUCAGUGAUGGUAAAGUCAUCCAUGACACGAAAAAAAAAAAAAAAAACAUGCCUGGAUGUGUUGUUGAUGAAGAAGCAGGAUAAAACUUUAUUAAUCAAUAAAACUUUGCUCUUUGACAAA